UGUAACAAACUCAACUCGCUGUCCGCCAUCCUGCGGCACGACGUGACAACUCAAAAGGGACCAAACAGACAAUAAAUGUUCAAAGAAUAAAGGAAAGUGGGUUCGCGCAUGGAUGUAUGAACUUGUGUACAUGUGUACGUUGAUCAUUUAUUGUGAAGUUGGCGGGUACAGUGUAGAAAGCUCAGUUGUAUUUUUUAAUGUCAAAAAGUCGAAGAUCUUAAGUCAAUGUGGAUUUAAGCUGAUUUACAAUAUAUAUACAUAUGUAGAAUUGACUUCUUCUCCUGUCGUCCCGAAAAUUGAUACAUGCAAAAAUGGCAGACCUCAUUUGUAUUUCAUCGGACGAUGAGGUCGGCGUAAAUAAGAAUGUUGAUAAACAUAAAGACGAUAGGAUUAAGAAACGAAAAGCAUCGACAGAGCUCGUUGAUUCGUUACCAAAAAAAAGAAUUCAACUUAGAACGAUCACUAAGGCUCUGUCAAACCGUCAAACAAGUAACGAUGUAUUGGAAGUGGAGGAGACGAUUACCCAGGUGGCAAUGGAAACGACGUCUACUGAGAGAAUCGCCCUCAAAUAUGACGGAGAUCUUCCAUCGAUGUCCAGGACUGAGGAUUUAGGUGAGAGGCUUCACAAUAGGCCACAACUGACGAUAAAGGAGAAACGUCCAGUGGACAAGAACGAUAUUGGCUCUGAGGUAUUUUCCCAAUUUUUGAGUCUCUGCCUCACCAAGGAUCGCAGUGCUGACAUGAAGAAGAUCGUUGAAAAGCUGAAGAGACGUUAUGAACAGACUGAUACUGCAUACGUCCAAUGUCCAGCGUUCAUCAAUCUUUUGAACGAGAAGAGAGACUGUCUGAUGGACAAAGGAAGUGUGUACACUCACAUCUCUGAGAUUAACAGCGAAAUGAAGUGCAGAAAAAAAGGAAGGGUUACUCCCAAGGAGGAGAAGAUUGUUGAGGAAUCAGCUGUGGAAGAGGUUAACACAAACGGCCAUGGCGCCGACAAUGGCGAAGGCGGCGAGAAUGGCGAAGGCGUUGAGAACGGCGAAGCGUCAAAUUCAGUAAAUCGCAAGAUUAAACUUCUCGAGAAAGCCAUGGCAAAGUGUCAAGAGAGAAUCCAGCAGCUGAGAGACGCUGAAGUGGAUUGGGACGACGACGAAAACAGCGACUUCAUGAAAAUGUGCAAGUACGAGGAGAAAAUGACCAAGAUGUAUGCAAAAAUGUGCGACCUGACUGGUAAUGAUUAUAACGCUGGUCGUUGUUAUUUCAAGCCCAAAAAACUCCAAGUCACUGGUAUUCCAGAGGUUGAUCAGGCGAUAAUCAGUUUUAUGAUGAAAAAAUUAAAGGACAUGAAGAAAAAAGUUAAACGUGGCCUUUCCUCUGCUAAUUGUGUCAUUUUCCCAGACUAUUGCGAUAUUUUGAAUUGCAUUAAAGAAUGUAAUGGACAAAAGAACUUGGGAAUGCAUAAAAAAAAUAUGGAAAAAUUGGCACAAAAAGCAUUUUCAGAUCUGGGAAAUCAUCUGCAGAAGGUAAGGAAAGAUGAUCUACUAGACAGCUUCGCACUGAUACUCGAGAAUGAAUCAGAUCCAGCUGUGGAGAACCCAGUCUUACUGAAGAAGCUGGAGGUGAAUAAAAUUGCAGGUAAAAAAAAGAUGGAUGAAAUUUUCGAGGAAUUCGUUCGGAGACAAGAGGAAGGAUUAAUACCAGAAGAUGCGAAUGAAACGGGGAGCGAUGCUGAUGAGGAUAAGGACGAGGACGAAGACGAUGAAGAGGCGGAAGCCUCAGGAGGGGAUGACUCCAAUGGAAGCGACUGUAUAGACGAGUCAAUUGAUUCUCCAGCAACCAAGGAAAAUCAGAAUGGAAAUCCAACGAGAUGUAAUGAUUCAGAUAAUGUGUCCGACUCCGCUGAGACUGUUGUCAUCUCACCACUUCGUGUUCCCCACAGAGUUCAUCAAUUGGAUGACACGUCUUGCGAGAAAGUACUACAGCGUCAUCACGUUGUGGCCGACGUCGAAGGAACCGUUACUAUUCCAGCUGAGAAACUCAAGGCAGAGGGAUGGCGCUCUGAAAGUUUGAUACAAAGAAAUCCCGAACCUGCACCGACGACCUCACAGACCUCCACUUAUGGGAAACCCUCCAUUAAAACCAUUGAAAAUGUUAAGGUGAUCAUAAAGACCCAUAAACUUGUGAAACCGUUUGUUGAUAAGACUAACUCACCUGCUACCCUACAAAGUCAGGACGAAAAAUCGAAAGAGAUCAGACAGUCUGCACAAGUGAAUACGCCGACAACUACUAACCCAAUAACAGAGAUAAAAUCAUCUUCUAGAAUACCUGACUCCAGUGAAAGAACUGAAGUUCAUGAAAAGUUUGAUGAUUCGGAAAAUAACGUUGAGACUGGUAUGGCGUGUGCUGAUCACGCACUAGAAAAUACAGAAACUGAAUCAGAAAGCCCUCAGCCAAAUGCUACAGUAUCGACAGACUUUGCGUCAGAACCGCGAGAUACACCUUCUCCACAGACAGUCAAUAAUUCAUCGAGCAAAGUCGAUAGUCCCCUAACGUCGCAGGUAACAUCGACUACUGAAGAUCAAAUCGAGAGACGUAAAUCUCCUGAGCUAACAAUCUUGGAAGACCCAGAUGACCAUCAAGAGGAUGUAACAUCUCUUGCGAGGGACUCUCCAGUACCUCAGACAAUGCAUGAAGGAGAAGUGAAAAUGGACGAUGACACAAAAGACACGAAUAAAUUCGAAGCUGAGUGCUCCCCAGUAUUGAAACUUCGUCCAUUCGCAAAGCCCCCUGAUUUCUGGGAGAGCUUUUCACCAAAGACAUCUCAGAGUUCGCAGAUCCAGAGACAAAUAAGCCUUCAAAACCCCAUUGAAUGCAUCGAUUUGGAGGAUACGACCCCAUUGGCAGAGAAUAAUUCAUCAUCAAAUGCCGUUGCCUCACCCUCGUCGAAAGGUCAAGUGGUGAGGAACUUAAGCUCGAGAUCAGGGGUUAGUCGGAGUACGGCACAGCCUAAGCUGUUCAGGAUCAUUACUAAAGACUCGACGAUGGGCCAAUGGAUCACUUCACAAACGAUGCGAAUCUUGAAGAAACCUGGGGCAAAUGGUCCCGCUCCAAGCAAUAGUUCGGCUGUGAUAGCCCAGAAAUCAACACCUAGGCCAAGUCAAACAGUUGCUCUUAGACAAUUGCGUGGUACUCAAUUGUCCACAACAUAUCUUCAAAGGAGCAGUACAAUUGGUAAUCUUUCGAGGGCACCCGCUCCCCGUACAGUGAUUAAUCCUCUGUCCAGAGUGAAAAUCCUCAAGGAUCGUGGAUAAUAGUAAGACAUUAUUUCCUUUGUACAUUUAUUUUAUUUAUGAGUGAAACAUUUAAAAAAUAUCAGAUAUUUUCUAUCCAUUGGCCUUUAUAAUUUAACAUUUGACGUUUAUUGUUGAAUAUUUUGUAUUAUGGACUUUGUUAAAAGAAAGUGGGGAUCCGGUAGAUUCUCGACGAUGUCAAAAUGAUCGACGUUGCUUCGUAAUAAAAUGUACUCCACUCGAUCCACGAACUUUAAAAGUUGCUAAAACGAUCAUAGAAAAAUUAUUGUGAAUCAUUAUUAUUAAAUUAUUAUUAAUGCGGAGGCAAAUAAAUAUUGGAUAUUCUUAUAAAAAUA